AUGGCCAGGAUGUCUCUGCCUACCCUGGUGCCUCUGGGCCCCGACUGCCUGCGCCCCUUCACCCGGGAGUCCCUGGCUGUCAUAGAACAGCGGGCCGCAGAGGAGGAGGCCCGGCGGCUGCGCAACAAGCAGAUGGAGAUCGAGGAUGCUGAGCACAAGCCGCGCAGUGACCUGGAGGCCGGCAAGAACCUGCCUCUCAUCUAUGGGGACCCCCCACCAGAGGUCAUCGGCAUCCCCCUGGAGGACCUGGACCCCUACUACUGCGACAAGAAGACCUUCAUCGUGCUCAACAAGGGCAAGGCCAUCUUCCGCUUCUCCGCCACGCCUGCUCUCUACAUGCUGAACCCCUUCAGCAUCAUCAGGCGUGGUGCCAUCAAGGUGCUCAUCCACUCGCUGUUCAGCAUGUUCAUCAUGAUCACCAUCUUGAGCAACUGUGUGUUCAUGACCAUGAGCGACCCACCUCCCUGGUCCAAGAACGUGGAGUAUACCUUCACAGGAAUCUAUACCUUCGAGUCCCUCAUCAAGAUACUGGCCCAAGGCUUCUGCAUUGACGACUUCACAUUCCUCCGGGACCCCUGGAACUGGCUGGACUUCAGCGUCAUUGUGAUGGCGUACCUCACAGAGUUUGUGGACUUGGGCAACAUCUCAGCCCUGAGGACCUUCCGAGUGCUGCGGGCCCUGAAAACCAUCACGGUCAUUCCAGGCCUGAAGACGAUUGUGGGGGCCCUAAUCCAGUCAGUGAAAAGGCUGUCAGAUGUCAUGAUCCUCACCGUCUUCUGCCUGAGUGUCUUUGCCCUGGUGGGGCUGCAGCUCUUCAUGGGAAACCUGCGGCAGAAGUGCGUGCGCUGGCCCCCACCCUUCAACAACACCAACACCACGUGGUACGGCAAUGACACGUGGUACGGCAAUGACACAUGGUACGGCAAUGACACGUGGUAUAGCAACGACACAUGGAACAGCCGUGAGAGUUGGGUCAGCAACUUCCCCUUUGACUGGGAUGCCUACAUCAGCGAUGAAGGGAACUUCUAUUUCCUGGAGGGCUCCAACGAUGCCCUGCUUUGUGGGAACAGCAGUGACGCCGGGCACUGCCCCGAGGGGUACAAGUGCAUCAAGACGGGGCGGAACCCCAACUAUGGCUACACGAACUACGACACCUUCAGCUGGGCCUUCCUGGCUCUCUUUCGCCUCAUGACACAAGACUACUGGGAGAACCUCUUCCAGCUGACCCUGCGAGCAGCCGGCAAGACUUACAUGAUCUUCUUCGUGGUCAUCAUUUUCCUGGGCUCCUUCUACCUCAUCAAUCUGAUCUUGGCAGUGGUGGCCAUGGCAUAUGCUGAACAGAACGAGGCCACGCUGGCCGAAGCCCAGGAGAAAGAAGAGGAGUUUCAGCAGAUGCUACAGAAAUUCAAAAAGCAACAGGAGGAACUGGAGAAGGCCAAGGCCGCCCAGGCUCUGGAAGGUGGGGAGGCAGAUGGGGACCCGGCCCACGGCAAAGACUGCAAUGGCAGCCUGGACACGGCCCCGGGGGAGAAGGGGCCCCCGAGGCAGAGCCACAGCACAGACAGUGCCAUGGAAGAGCUGGAAGAGGCCCACCAGAAGUGCCCGCCAUGGUGGUACAAGUGCGCACACACAGUGCUCAUAUGGAACUGCUGCACUCCGUGGAUGAAGUUCAGGCGCAUCAUCCACCUGAUUGUCAUGGACCCCUUCGUUGACCUGGGCAUCACCAUCUGCAUCGUGCUCAACACCCUCUUCAUGGCCAUGGAACAUUACCCCAUGACGGAGCACUUUGACAACGUGCUCACUGUGGGCAACCUGGUCUUCACUGGCAUCUUCACGGCUGAGAUGGUACUGAAGCUGAUUGCCAUGGACCCCUAUGAGUAUUUCCAGCAGGGCUGGAACAUCUUCGACAGCAUCAUCGUCACCCUCAGCCUGGUGGAACUGGGCCUGGCCAAUGUGCAGGGGCUGUCUGUGCUGCGCUCCUUCCGGCUGCUACGGGUCUUCAAGCUGGCCAAGUCGUGGCCAACGCUGAACAUGCUCAUCAAGAUCAUCGGCAACUCGGUGGGGGCUCUGGGCAACCUGACGCUGGUGCUGGCCAUCAUUGUGUUCAUCUUCGCCGUGGUGGGCAUGCAGCUGUUCGGCAAGAGCUACAAGGAGUGCGUGUGCAAGAUUGCCGCCGACUGCAGCCUGCCACGCUGGCACAUGAACGACUUCUUCCACUCCUUCCUCAUCAUCUUCCGCAUCCUGUGCGGGGAGUGGAUCGAGACCAUGUGGGACUGCAUGGAGGUGGCCGGCCAGGCCAUGUGCCUCACCGUCUUCCUCAUGGUCAUGGUCAUUGGCAAUCUGGUGGUCCUGAACUUGUUCCUGGCCCUGCUGCUGAGCUCCUUCAGCGCGGACAGCCUGGCGGCCUCAGAUGAGGACGGCGAGAUGAAUAACCUGCAGAUCGCCAUUGGGCGUAUCAAGUGGGGCAUUGGCUUCGCCAAGGCCUUCCUCCUGGGACUGGUGCACGGCAAGGUCCUGAGCCCCAAGGAGAUAAUGCUCAGCCUCGGGGAGCCCUGCGAGGCCAUGGAGGCCGGGGAGAGUGCCCCCGAGGAUGAGAAGAAGGAGCUGCCACCCGAGGAGGGCGACAUAGAUCUGAAGAAGGACAAUCACAUCCUGAAACACAUGGGCUUGGCUGAUGGCUCUCCCACCAGUGUCGAGCUAGACCACCUCAACUUCAUCAACAAUCCCUACCUGACCAUUCAGGUGCCCAUCGCGUCUGAGGAGUCGGACCUGGAGAUGCCCACGGAAGACGAGACCGACACCUUCUCGGAGCCUGAGGAUGGCAAGCAGCCACAGCCCCUCUACGACGGGAACUCCUCCGUCUGCAGCACGGCCGACUACAAACCCCCUGAGGAGGACCCCGAGGAGCAGGCCGAGGAAAACCCCGAGGGGGAGCAGCCCGAGGAGUGCUUCACUGAAGCCUGUGUCCAGCGCUUCCCCUGCCUCUACGUGGACAUCUCUCAGGGCCAUGGGAAGAGGUGGUGGACCCUCCGCAGGGCCUGCUUCAAGAUUGUCGAGCACAACUGGUUCGAGACCUUCAUUGUCUUCAUGAUCCUGCUCAGCAGUGGGGCCUUGGCCUUCGAGGACAUCCACAUCGAGCAGCGGCCCGUCAUCCGCACCAUCUUGGAAUAUGCCGACAAGGUCUUCACCUACGUCUUCAUCAUGGAGAUGCUGCUUAAGUGGGUGGCCUACGGCUUCAAAGUGUACUUCACCAACGCCUGGUGCUGGCUCGACUUCCUCAUCGUAGAUGUCUCCAUCAUCAGCCUGGUGGCCAACUGGAUGGGCUACUCGGAACUGGGACCUAUCAAAUCCCUGCGGACGCUGAGGGCCCUGCGUCCCCUAAGGGCACUGUCCCGAUUCGAGGGCAUGAGGGUGGUGGUGAAUGCCCUCCUGGGAGCCAUCCCCUCCAUCAUGAACGUGUUGCUCGUCUGCCUCAUCUUCUGGCUCAUCUUCAGCAUCAUGGGCGUCAACUUGUUUGCCGGCAAGUUCUACUACUGCAUCAACACCACUACCUCUGAGAGGUUCGACAUCUCUGAGGUCAACAACAAGUCCGAGUGCGAGAGCCUGAUGCACACGGGCCAGGUCCGCUGGCUCAAUGUCAAGGUCAACUACGACAACGUGGGCCUGGGCUACCUCUCCCUCCUGCAGGUGGCCACCUUCAAAGGUUGGAUGGACAUCAUGUAUGCAGCCGUGGACUCCCGGGAGAAGGAGGAACAGCCAAAAUACGAGGUGAACAUCUACAUGUACCUCUACUUCGUCAUCUUCAUCAUCUUCGGAUCCUUCUUCACCCUCAACCUCUUCAUUGGCGUCAUCAUUGAUAACUUCAACCAGCAGAAGAAGAAGUUUGGAGGGAAAGACAUCUUCAUGACGGAGGAACAGAAGAAAUACUAUAAUGCCAUGAAGAAGCUGGGCUCCAAGAAGCCUCAGAAGCCAAUUCCCCGGCCGCAGAACAAGAUCCAGGGCAUGGUGUAUGACCUUGUGAUGAAGCAGGCGUUUGACAUCACAAUCAUGAUCCUCAUCUGCCUCAACAUGGUCACCAUGAUGGUGGAGACGGAUGACCAGAGCCAGCUCAAGGUGGACAUCCUGUACAACAUUAAUAUGAUCUUCAUCAUCAUCUUCACGGGGGAGUGCGUGCUCAAGAUGUUCGCCCUGCGCCAGUACUACUUCACCAUCGGCUGGAACAUAUUCGAUUUUGUGGUUGUCAUCCUGUCCAUUGUGGGCCUGGCGCUCUCCGAACUGAUCCAGAAAUACUUCGUGUCACCAACACUGUUCCGUGUGAUCCGCCUGGCACGGAUUGGGCGCAUCCUACGGCUGAUCCGUGGGGCCAAGGGCAUCCGGACGCUGCUUUUUGCCCUCAUGAUGUCACUUCCUGCCCUCUUCAACAUCGGUCUCCUCCUCUUCCUGGUCAUGUUCAUCUACUCCAUCUUCGGCAUGUCCAACUUUGCCUAUGUCAAGAAGGAGUCAGGCAUCGAUGACAUGUUCAACUUUGAGACCUUUGGCAACAGCAUCAUCUGCCUCUUUGAGAUCACCACAUCAGCUGGCUGGGAUGGGCUUCUGAACCCCAUCCUAAACAGUGGGCCCCCUGACUGUGACCCCAUGCUGGAGAACCCAGGCUCCAGUGUCAGAGGUGACUGUGGCAAUCCCUCCAUUGGCAUCUGCUUCUUCUGCAGCUACAUCAUCAUCUCCUUCCUCAUCGUAGUCAACAUGUACAUUGCCAUCAUCCUGGAGAACUUCAACGUGGCCACUGAAGAGAGCAGCGAGCCCCUCUGUGAGGACGACUUCGAGAUGUUCUAUGAGACAUGGGAGAAGUUUGACCCUGAAGCUACACAGUUCAUUGACUACAGCCGCCUCUCCGAUUUCGUGAACACCCUGCAGGAGCCACUGAGGAUCAGCAAGCCCAACAAGAUCAAACUCAUCACACUGGACCUGCCCAUGGUGCCAGGGGACAAGAUCCACUGCCUGGACAUCCUCUUUGCCCUGACUAAAGAGGUCCUGGGGGACUCUGGGGAAAUGGAUGCCCUCAAACAGACCAUGGAGGAGAAGUUCAUGGCAGCCAACCCCUCCAAGGUAUCCUACGAGCCCAUCACCACCACCCUCAAGAGGAAGCAUGAGGAGGUGUGUGCCAUCAAGAUCCAGAGGGCCUACCGCCGACAUCUGCUCCAGCGCUCUAUGAAGCAGGCAUCCUACAUGUAUCGCCACAGCCAGGAUAGCAAUGGGGAGGGGGUCCCAGAGAAGGAGGGGCUGAUCGCCAACACCAUGAGCCAGAUGUAUGGCCAGGAGAACGGGAACAGCAGUGUGCAAAGCAAGGGUGAGAAGAAGCCCUCAACAGAGGAUGCUGGACCUGCCGUGGGACUCACACCCAUUGGCCCUUCAAACGCUGCCCUCCCUCCCUUCCAACCAUCGAGGCAGACAGUGCGCCCAGGGGUCAAAGAGUCUCUUGUCUAG